GGUAUUUUACAAAGGUUUAAUCGUUUAGCGUAACGUUUUUGGUUUUAGUUUAGCUUCGGUUUAGUUUUAGUUUUUACGUUACCAAAAAUGGUAUCGCGCUAGCAGUUGAAUCGUUGACGUUACCGAAACGUUUCCGCAGAAAAGACGAACGUGAGACGUUUAGGGCUUUCAUGAGUAUUUACAAAAUACUAUGUGUUACUUUUGUAAUCGAUGAUUGAUUAUAGAAAUAGCGAUGUUGGCAGCACUAUUUCUUACGAUAAUAUGUCAAUGACGUGACGUGCAAAUGUCAAUAAAAAAAAACAACCUAUCUUCUGCAAUGAUUGUUCGUUCGCGCCGGCAGUUGAACUUGAAACCAACUUGAAACGGGUCUAAAAUGGAUGCCACAAGGCGCAGAACUUCUACAAUUAGGCAAUUGGAAUUGCUGCUGGAGUUUGCCGAGGAAAAUAUAGAUUUAGCCCUUGGCAGACUCCGGAGCAAGGAGGCGCGAGCAUUAUCAAAGAGGCUGUGGGAGCAAUGCUCUACCAACCUUAAUGCAGAAGGACCUGCUAGGCUUCCCAAGGAGUGGGUUAAAGUAUGGAACGAUAUGAAAUGUCGUGUACGACACAAAUUAACAACGAUAAACGUGUCCCAACAGGGCACUGGUGGGGGGCCCAAUGCACAAAUAGUGCUAACACCCCUAGAAGAGAGGGUGGCCAACAUCAUAGGGCGUGAUAUUGGUCCUAUGCCCAAUAUUGCAUUGAACCCACUUCAGCUUGAGCAUGUGCCACCUGACGAGUUGGAGAUUGAAGAGGUGGACGGGGAGCAGUCUGGAAAUGAAGUCAAUGUUGUACUUUCGCCUCCGCGUUUAUCGCGCGCGCCAUCCGACCUCGAGACCCCUCCGCCAAUCCGGCGGCGGAUGCAGUCGCCAGUGCGGUCGACUCCGCCGCCAGAGCCUGCGCCUGAGCUGCCACCAGCACCGCCAGAAGUGCCGCGGCGACGGCGACAGAGGGCUAGGGCGGACUCUAGAGUUAAUUUAGCGCAGACAAGAUCAAGUGCCCUGGAUGAGAGUCGAAGGACAAUGAUGCGUAUUGAGGAGCUACGUGCCGGCACGGAUAGUAUGCUUGCCAAGACUGCGCUCCUGCAAGCCGAAGCUGCCAAAGCGCAGGCUGAGGCAGCCAAAAUAAGCGCUGAGGCAGCCAAAAUAAGCGCUGAGGCCCAUAUGCUUGUAGCGCAGUCCGUGAGCAGCCUGGUGCCGGCAUGUCGCCAGUAUUUAAUGGGCCUAGCCAGGACGCGGAUGAGAACGCUAUCAUCUGAAGAUUAGUAAGACGGUGGAGUACCAUUGACUCAGCUGCUGUGGCGCAUAUAUGCGCCAUCACCCUAAUCUGCUGUGGCGCACAUGUGCGCUAACUGUCCGACUCUAUUUUAAGAUUAAAAUACAUAUCGUUAUGGUUUAAAAUUGUUUAAUUUACAUUCCAAACAUACUCAGCAACCACUAAAAAAAACCACUAAAUCACUAGCGUGGAAGAAUAUGUCUUUGGCGCCACAGCUGGUUGACUAGACGAUGACGGCGCUCACGACCGGCACGCAGGGCGCGCGCGACCGACGCCGGGUCCUCCGGCGCGGGCGGGGCGCGGGGCGACGCGCCCUCGGUGAGCUGGCGCUCGCGGCGUGCCUCCUCCUCGGUCAGUGGCUCGUACUCGAUGCCGCCAGCGUGGGCGAUGUUAUGGAGUACGCAGCAGGCGUUGGUUAUUCUCGCUGCUUUCUCCGGCGAGUAAUGACGCCGGCGGUCAGCCAGAAGACAUCUGCGAAUUUUUGUUAUUUUUAUUUAAUUUAAUACAUUCUCGUCCCUGGUUAUUGUGAACUGUAAAUGACUUACAACCUGCCACCACAAACCAAUAUUUUGUUGAACCUGUGACCCUUUAAACUAAGUUUAAAGUGGCAAGUUAUUGGCCUAAAUGACACUAUAAGUAGCUUAAUGCAUGACGUGCCCUAUGUUCAUUAGUGCCCUGCCCACCCUAGGCACAAAAAAAAUAUUCUAGUAUUAUGUACAAAAUGAAAAUAAAAAAUAUUGCAUUCUAUUUAUUCAGUUAUUAUCGAGGAAUUAUUAUUCCAAGUUUUAUACUUAUUCAGAGAACAAUAUUAGAGGUGAUAGGUAGGUUUUAUCUACCUAAAGCGAGCCUUUAACACUCCUAUGCAUCGCUCAACACAACAGCGUCCAGACACAUGAAGACUGGUGUAGUGAGCUUCUGGAGACCCUGGCAAGGCGUUCUCAAUGGGUGUCAUCAGAGUGGCCCUGAGAGGAUACCCAGAAUCUCCUGCAACAUAACAAUUUAUAUUGUAGGUAAAUAAUACGUUGUAUAGGUAUAAUUAUUAUUAAUAGCUUUGUGUAUGUGCACAAUUAAAAUAGGUAAAUUUAA